AUGCUGUCGCGGCAGAAGCACGAGACUCCAGUCAAGCUACACAGCUCAACUCGCAUGCAAGCUCUACCUUAUUGCCAAGCAGCCCCUGCAGCGCCUGGCGCGGGAGCCGUUUCCCCGCGGGAGGUCGACCGCCGGCGGAGAAUACUCACGAGCGAGACGUCGGAGAUCUGCGCCGCGUGGAGGAGAUGCGAGAGCGUGCGGGGGGGUCUCUCCGUCACGUACAGGUCCUCGCCGCUUCACCACCACCUGCUUGUAGGCCAGGGCGUUCCCGGUGCGCAGGAUCACCGCCUCGUACCACCUGUCAAAGGGGAAAAGGCGGGUGUGAACGAACACACACGCGCACGCUGCGCCCUACGUCGGCCAGAGCUUACCACCCGCCUUUUCCCCUUUGACAGGUGGUACGAGGCGGUGAUCCUGCGCACCGGGAACGCCCUGGCCUACAAGCAGGUGGUGGUGAGCGGCGAGGACCUGUACGUGACGGAGACGCCCCCCCGCACGCUCUCGCAUCUCCUCCACGCGGCGCAGAUCUCCGACGUCUCGCUCGUUCACGACCUCCCCGAGUUCCUGCGCGGCGGCGUGAGGGACCAGACCACGCACGUCAUCGUCAGGUUCCGCUCGUCCAGGAGGUCGUCCCUCGCCAAGGCCAAGGUGCGCCGCUCCACCGUGGAGGAACCCAGGUGAGGCCCGAGGGAGAUUCGC